AUGGCCGGGGCACCGCAGGGCCCGGUGUUCGUGGAGGCGGACCCCGCGGACCCCGCGUUCGCGCCUCCGUCGCCGCGGCAAGUGCCGGACGCCCUUCUCGACGCCAGCGCUGACUCCAUAGAGAUAGAAGGGUCGCGGGUGGACUUUCGGCCGCUCUGUUCGGAGAACGUCGGGGACCUCAAGCGGCUGAACUCGGUGCUGUUUCCGAUCAACUACAACGACAAGAUUUACGAGCAGUGCAUGCAGUCAGGGAGGUGCACGCAGCUGGCGUACGUCGGCAACGAGCUGGUCGGCGCCAUCGCGUGCCGCCUCGAGGCUCGCGCCGGCGGCGCGGCCUGCUACAUCGCCACCCUGGGAGUGCACGCGCCGUACCGCGGGCAGUGCCUCGGCACAGUGCUGCUCCAUAGAGCCAUGCAAGCCUGCCGCGACGACGACGCGAUCGGGGAGGCGCUGCUGCACGUGCAGACCAACAACGACGCGGCUCUCAAGUUCUACCUGCGCAACAACUUCCGCGUGCUCGGCGUGGUGAAGAACUACUACCGGAGGAUCGCGCCGCCAGACGCGUGGCUGCUGCGGCUGAGACUGAGGGAGCGCGGCUGA